UUAAAAAAUGGGUCUGAAAAAAGAAUACCUUCGUUACGGCCGUUCAGCAAGAGAUCGUAUAUUUGGUUGGCUGGGGGUACCGCCACCAGCUGCAAAUGAUUUCAAUCGUAAUGUCGCCGCAAAUACAAAUUUGACAACGGGUUCAACGGGCAGUGUAGUAGUGGUGCCGCAACAAACUACAGGCCAUGCGGGUACAACAACAACAUCAUCUUCACGCUCCCACAGUCGUUCACAUCCGUUUAUGCGGAGUAGAGCCACACCAUUGUCAAUGUUGAUAUCACAAGGAGCUAAACUUAGUAAUAAUAAACUAGCUGUGAUAAUUAUUGGUAUAAUUACAUUAAUUUUAGGAAUACUUUUAACCACCAUACCGUGGCUGGAUUAUUUUAUAUUAAAGAAUUUAAGGCUGUGGAAUGAUACAUUAAGUUAUCACUAUUGGCAGAGACCCGGUGUGAUACGUUUAACUAAAGUCUACAUAUAUAAUGUCACAAAUCCUGAUGGUUUUUUACAGGGUGAAAAACCAAAAUUACAAGAGGUGGGACCUUUUGUUUACAGAGAGGACAUGCAAAAGGUGAAUGUCAAAUUUCAUGACAAUUUUACGGUGUCAUAUCAGCAUAAAAAAAUCUUAGAAUUUGUUCCUGAACUGAGUAUAGAUAAGAAUACACAAAUUAUAACACCUAAUAUACCUCUAUUGACUCUCACCAGUUUAAGUCCAAAAUUAGGUUAUGUACUCUCAAAAACAAUAUCUGUCAUACUAACAGCAGCAAAAUUUAAACCCUUCAUAAAUAUAACAGCGGAUCAGCUGGUGUUUGGUUACGAUGAUCCGCUAGUAUCGCUGGCGCAUAAAUUUUAUCCAAAACAUUUAAGGCCGGGUGAAAGAAUGGGUUUAUUAUUGGCGCGUAAUGGCACCUUAUCGGAAGUAUCUACUAUUAAAACGGGUCACAAUGAUAUGAAUGAAUUUGGUUAUAUAGAUCGUUUAAAUGGUUUGGAUCAUUUGCCACACUGGCAGCAGCCGCCAUGUACUAGUAUAACCGGUUCGGAGGGUUCAUUUUUUCCACCACGUGAUAUAACAAAAUCAGAUAUGUUGUAUGUGUACGAUAAGGAUUUGUGUCGAGUCAUACCGUUGCAAUAUCAAAAGGGUGUAACCAAAGAUGGUAUUGAUGCUGAUUUGUAUAAAUUACCGGAGACGUCUUACGGUGAUGCUGAACAUCAUCCGGAAAAUCAAUGUUUUGAUACUAGAGAUUAUGAUGCUGUUAAGGGUUUACAAAACAUAAGUCCUUGUCAGUAUGGAGCGCCAGUGUAUUUAUCAAAUCCCCAUUUUUAUCAAGCCGAUAGCAGUUUAUUGGAAUCGGUAGAGGGUUUAAAACCCAAUAGUUCAGAACAUGAAACCUAUUUUAAAGUACAACCGAAACUCGGGGUACCUUUGGAGGGCAAAGUGCGCAUACAAUUGAAUCUGAAAGUUACUCAAGCACGUGAUGUUUAUCCGGUGAAAAACUUUCGCAGCUUUAUAUUUCCGGUCAUGUGGCUAGAAGAGGGCAUUUCUGAUCUAACACCCGCCAUCAGAAGAUGGAUUUAUGUGGCCACUGUAUUUGCUCCCACCAUAAUACCUAUUGCUUCCUACUUUAUGAUAGUGGGCGGAGCUUUUGCCAUAGUCUUUAUAUUCCUGCGUGCCUAUCAAAAUUAUGUAUUUGCUCGUGAUCCCACUCUAGAAAUACUCGAAAUGGGCAGACGCUCUCUAAGGCGUGGCAGCAGUUUUAUUGCUCAUCAUCAACACAAGUUUAUGCAUCGCGAGUCAUAUACUUUACUCAAGGCAAUGCCCACCUCCUGUGUGGACGAUCGGGAAGAUGUUGUGCCUAUAAUGAAUACAAACAACGAUUCGUCAUAGUAUUUGUAAAUAUAUAGUUAACUUUUAACUUUAAGCCAAGCAUUUUAGGUUAGAUUUUUAAACAAAAAAUUUUUCCCUAGCUAGUUAAGUGCAAUUUUUGUUAGACGAAUAUAUAAGAUGGGAAAUAGAAGCAGUAAUAGCAGAAAAUCCUGUGGCAACAUUAAAGGUUGCACCAACAAAAAAGAGACAACAACAAAUUGUGAUUUAAUUUUAAUUGAAUGUUUGAAUGAAGAACAAAUAUGAAUGUUAUAGUUAGUUUGUAUGUGUUUUUUUUAAAGAAUUAAUUUAUAAAUUUUCAUAUAAUUUUCUUUAAUGAUUUUAAGUUUUUUUUUUCUUUACUCAUGAAAUUAGUUUAGUAACAAAACUUAUUUUGAAUUUCAUUCCAUUUUUUUAUACCAAAAAUAUAAAAAUCAUUACGUAAACUAAACAAUUAUUUCGAGUUAACUCAUUUUGCAAAUAUAUAGUUAUAGUUUUUGUUUAAAGAAAAUUUCGUAACAAAACCAAAUCUUAUAUUUAAAUGCCAUUCAUUUUAACUCUAAUUCUAUUAACAUUAUUUUAGUUAUUUAUUGUUUCCCCCAAUAGAAGUUUACUUUUGCACUAUUAACCAUUUUGGACUGGGUAAUCGUACAAAAAUUACAAUUAAAGCGUCAGGCUACAAACGACAAGUUAUCAGAAUUUAUCUAACUAUAAAAUAAAGUCCAAUAUUUUCUUAAAAUCCCUGAUCAGAUGAUCAAAAAUGUACCAGAUCGUCCGAACAUCCAUCAAAAACAAGCAAGAUUUAAAUUUUUCCAAAUAUGGACUAUAUGGAAGUGAUCUUCUCAGAAGAUCAAAAUGGUUUGAUAUUCAAAAAAGGAACCAGAACUUUCAACCAGUAAGAUAAAUUAUAUCAAAGGGGGUGAUCAGAAAUGUUUCGUAUUAAAAAUGGGCCAAACGGUUCAACCAGAAAGAUAAAUUAAAAUAAAAGGGCUGUCCGUCCUUCUGUUUAAAAGACAGGCAAACUUGGAAUAUUUUCAACAACGGACAAUGAGCAAGGAGAGGAUCUACUAUGAUAAGAGGAUCAUCCUCAGAGUUUAAUUUGGAAAUCGAUCAUAUUGUUCAACCAGAAAGGGACUGUGCGUCCGUUAAUAUUAGAACAUUUCAAAAACUAUACAAUAGACAAAGAGCUGAUCUUCUAUUAUGAUCAAUAAUGUUUGGUAUUGAAAUUGGAUCAAACCGUUCAAGCAGAAAGAUAUAAUAAAGCAAAGGAUCUGUCCGUCUUUCGUUAAAAAAACAAGCAAAAAUUGGAAUAUUUCUGAAUAAAGACCAUGGCCAAGGAAUGAAACAAAUCGUUCAAGCUGAAAGAUAAAUAAGAGCAAAGGGACUGUAUGUAUGUCCGUCAUUCAAAUUAUGAUAAAAUUGGAAUAUUUCCAAAAAUGGAUCUUAUCCAUGGAUGAUGUCUUCAGAUGAUGUGAAAUUUUGGGUAUUGAAAAUGGGCUAUAUGGUUCAUCCAGAAAGAUAAAUUAGAAUAAAAUUUCUGUCCGUCCGUCUUAAAAUGUUUUUAAUUUUACCAAAAAUACACUUUGGACCAAUAGAGCUUGAAACCAUAAAAAUUUUGAACCAAAAUUUAUUAUAAAAAAAUGUCCGUCCAUCCAAAAAUAAACAAAAAAUCUGAAUGAGAAGGGAAAAUAGCCAGAAAGCUAUAAUAUGGAAUGAAUAAUCCCUAAUCAUGUUUAGUCUAAAUUGACUUAAGAUGGACCAAAUAUGAUAAGGAGAGAAACUUUUUAGACAUUUCUGAAAAUGAGCGAAGUCGUUCAAUCGGAAAGAUAGAUAAUAAUAUAGGGGUCCGUUUAAAACAACAGUCAAAAUUGGAAUAUGUCCAUAAACUGGACCAUGGUCAAACCUUCCGCAAAGUUUGGUAUUAAAAAUGAGCGUUCAAACUGAAAGAUAAAUAGAAGCACAGGGGCUGUUCUUCCGUCAUCAAAAUUAUGAUAAAAUAGGAAUGUUUCCAAAAUGGAUAUUAUCCAUGGAUGAUGUCUUCAGAUGAUGUGAAACUUUGGGUAUUGAAAAUGGACCAAAACCAAACAGAAAGAUAAAUUAGAACAAAAUUUCAGUCCGUCCGUCUUUAAUUUUUCCAAAAAUACAAUAUGGACCAUAUACUUUGAAACGAUAAAAAUUUUGAACCAAAAUAUAAAUAUAUAAACAAAAAAUAUGAAUCAGAAGAGAAAUUAACCGGAAAGCUAUAAUAUGGCAUGAUUAGCCAUUAAUAAUGUUUAGACAAUAUGACUUAAGAUGGAACAAAUAUGUAGAUUGAACUGAUAAAAAAUUUUGACUCAAAAUCGAAUAGUUUAAGCCCUUAAAAGUCGAACCAAAUUGGCAAUUAUUGAUCUUUAUCAAAUAUUUGUCAAAAUAAGCUUUAGUACUAUCUUGAGAAAUGUUUUUGAUCCAGUUAUCGGCAAAAAGCUCCUGAUCAUACGAACGUAAUCUCAAACACACGGCGAUUUUAUAAAGGUUGCAGUCACUGAGAAAUUCCGACCAAUCGGAGUUUGGGAAUUGUGCGAGAGUUUUGUUUUAAAUGGAGUUUAACACUUUAGUAGCAAAAGGUGAACCAUCUCUAAAUACUGUUCUAUAGUUCCUAAUUUUUGGUACUUUUUCGAUCGUAAAUAGUACUUUUUCAAUUAUUUGAGCUAUUAGUCCAUAGACUUGCCAAUAAAUUUAACUACAGAUUAGUCUAUAAAUUAGUCCAUAUAAUGGUAAAUAGAUUAGUCCAUAGACUAUAUAUUGACCAACAGAAUGGUCCAUAGAUUAGCUAGUCAAUAGACUAUUCCUAUCAAUAGACUAGUUCACAUAUAUAGAUCCUAAAGGAUACAUUCUACAUACCUGACUUCAUCUUCGCCUUUCUCCACACAUGAACAAACAGUACCAGCCAGAGCGCUCUUUUAACACUCUCAGCCGAUAACUGAUUUAAGCCCACAUAGACUUGGAAUCGUUUCCAAAUAAAAGUUUGCUAGUUUAAUUUAAAAAAGAACUAAAUUUUUAGCCUCACGCCUUAAUUGAAAAACUAAAAACAAACCUCAUUUUUUAUAAAACCAAAUCCCUUCCUAUAAUAAAAUACAUAUUUGAAUUUCCUUUUUAUAUAAAAAAACGAAAUUUUGUUUAUCCACUACCAACCAACCUCUUUAGUUUAAGAAAUAAUUCACUAUAUUAUUUUGUAUUAUUCAUAUUUUAAUUAUAAUUUCUUCUUAAGAACUGGGAGUUUUAGGUCUAUUUUAUACUUUUAUAUUUAAACAAAAUAAUAAUUUAAGUUAUUUUAUAAAUAUAUAAUCCCUACUUUUAAACAUAUUAAUUCACUAGUCAUUUUUAAUUUGCUAAUAAAAAUGAGAGUAUAUUUUAUUAUAAGUUUUAGUUUAAAACAAAAAAAAAAAAAUUAUAUAAAUUUAAGGUUUGUCAGUCAAAUUAAAAAAAAAUAACUUAUUCUUAGCCAUUAGUAAAGUAAUUUGUAUAUACUAUUUUUUUUAUAAAUAUUUAUAAUUUUAUGAAAUUAGCAAAUAGUUUUUUUUAUAUUUAAAAAAUAUUUUUUAUUUAUUUGCUGGCAUUCCCCUUAUCCUCGAAAUCCGUCCUUCCCCCAUACCACUCUCUGUUUAUAUCUUAUUUGUACAUUUUUAAAAAUAUUUAGUCAUUUUUAGGCCUUUAACAUUUAUUAUUCAAUUGUUAAUAUUUUCUUUAUUAAAUUCUAAGUUAUCGAGAUGUGUAUUUUCGGUGUAUUUUUUUAUAUAAU